AUGCAGUCCGUCAAAGCACCUGACUUCCUGGACGCCGUGGCAGUGUCCCGUUCCCGCAGUCCUAGUGUCGUCUCGACCGAUUCUCAGUUUUCUCGAGUCAACCUCAUGUCCCCGCCGUCUGUGACUCCUGCUCCUGGUUUCGUCUCCUCCUCCGCUGCCACAGACAUCAUCUCCGCCGAUCAGGAGUUCAAUGCCGCUGACUUUGUCGCCGAGGAUGAGUGUGGGUCUGGCGCUGCGCUGGUGACCCCGGCCGCUCUCUCUCUUCUCAACGCAUUCCUUGAUAACCUCCUGUUCAACAUUCUCGCAUCGUCGAAAUCCACACAGCUAGCAUGCAUUCGACCGGCCAUGGCUGAAGUGCUGAAGCCCCGCCUCGCCAAAGAAGUUGUGGCUGCGGCCGAGGAGGAACUCAGUGAAUACAUGGGCGGUGCGGAAGAUGAGCAGACCGAGUUCCGCGGAGGCCAAGAGCCUGGCGGUGACUUUGAUCUAGUUCGCUCGUGGAAGUUGACCCGUCUACGAUGCAUGGUCUACACCCGACUGGGUGAUAUGGAAGAAGACGACGAAGAUGAAUUUAUUGCGCAGGAUGGUCUUGGCGAGACCGACGGGGCGCCGCGCAGAUUUACAAGUCAUGUUGACAACAUCACCCCGGCAGCAUCUAUUUUCCUCACCUCAAUUAUUGAAUUUAUCGGCGAACGUGCGCUCGUCAUUGCCGGCGAGACAGCGCGGUCUCGAUUGCUCUCAAAGCUUAACGAUCGCGAUGAACUCAAUGAAGCCGGCGACGAGCGCAAGAGGAUCGAUCGCCUCGUGGUGGAGGAUCUCGACAUGGAGAAGCUCGCCCUGAACCCAACCCUGGGCCGGCUGUGGCGGACGUGGAGGAAACGCAGACGUGGAACCACUCUCACUCGCACCAUGUCUCGCGAAUCAUUUAGCCGUCGUGGAUUCUCUGGCGUCAGUCGCAAGAGCAGCAUUGCCACUAUCGAAGAACCAAUGACCCCCAAUGAACCUCUCCCUCAAUCCCCGCCACUUGACCCCGCCACGGUCCCUCUGCCAAUGAGCGACUACGAUGUACAGGAGAUCGAGGUUCCUGGUUACACUGGUGAUUUGGAGGGUGAGGUGCAAACGAUGCAGGCUGUUGUUGCCCACAAGGUGCGACCGCGCAGUCUGAUGGUGUUCUCCUCACCUUCACUUGCGCCCAGAUCUCCUGGCGGCGACAACUCCCCAGUGAGCGCGUCAGCCAUUGACCCUCCCAAGUUGGUCCGUCAUGUUCGUUCGAGGUCCCUGCCAACUGAGGCGACCAACACUCCAGCGGAAGCGGAAGCGGAAGCCACCCUAGACCAACCUUCGCCCACCCCCUCCGAGAAAAAGAAACUCGAGACUAUGUACGAGGAUGACGAGUCCGCAGAGUUUGUGGAUGCAGUUGAGACUGCCCCUGGCGUUGCGAUCACCACUCCACACAAGACGUCACAAUUGCCCGAAAAUGCAGUAGAAGAUUCCGAUAAGGCGAGGAUGUCUGUCCUGCAUGAGGAAGAGGAGGCGCCUUUGGCGGUUAACGAGAUGGUUGCAUCCUUGCGCGCUGGCAAUGACGAAGAUCUGACUGAUCAAUCCAAUAGUGCUCGGGUCUCUGUCGCAUCCCUGGGCGAUCGAUCGAAUCAGAAAGAUCCCGAAGUCAUUGAGAGCACUGGCUUGUGCGAAAAGCCUAAAUGGACAUCGUCGAUUAAUCGACCCAAACGGAAAUCAUCUAGGGAUGUCAGUCUACUGAAUGCAAGGUCGAUCUCUGCACAAACUAGUGGACCUGAAAUGCAAGCCGUUGCGGAGAAUCAGCCUCCAACGCAAGGGGUGGAGACCACUCAACCCGCGACACCCAACACACCUGUCGAGGCUAUCGAUUCUUCUACUGAUCAAGAUGCAACCGAUGGCGAUCAGAACAAACCUGCCAUGAUUUCCACGCCCCCGACCCGGAACUCUGAUGGCGUCGAAGUCGAAAAGUUCCAAGCCUUCCUUUCAUCUCCCAAUACUUCUCGCCCGACUUCUGCUGAUAGCGAGCGCUCUCAAACAUCGAAAACUCGCCCUAGACCUGCGCCAUUGUUGGUACAGACCAGCAAUCGUAGCUCUACUGCUAGUGAACGAGCCGCUGUUCAGCGCAUGAGCACUCGGCCAUCGACAUCGGUUGCUUCUACCGUCCACACCAAAACCCGCCGCUCUUCGAGUUUCGGGAGUGCACGCGAGAUCAAGCGCCCAGUGACCGCUGGAUCUACUACAUCCCAGGUAUCAACAAAGCUGAAGGGACUCAUGGGUCGACCACAAGGCGAUUCUCCGUCGCUUCGCCUGCGCAGCUCGUCUGAGACGAGCCGGGCAUCUGGCGGCAGCGGGGAUUCUGAUAACGAAAUUGCCGAUUUAGACAAGUUGAUCAACAGCGACGAGACCAUCCACUUCACACUCACUCCCCGAAGUGUGAGGGAAAUGACCUUCCCUGAUCCUCCCAACCGACCAAUUCCCCGAUCAGAAACGACGGACACCUCUGACCUGGCUGAUUUCUUGAAGACUACAUCUCCCCCAGGCGAAGAGAAACACCGUUCUCGCGCCUCUGUUUCUUCCAAGGCAACCGGUGAGAUGAUUCCAGUCUCCCGAACCAAGUCUACUGAGUCGUCCAAGCAUAUCCCGCUUUCCACUCGCUUGACCAACCGCCCAGCGAAGCCUAGUAAGACUACUCAGGCUGCACAGGCGCGGGAUGCGCGAGGCCCUACGGACGCUACGCGCGACUUUGCGGAUUUCAUCAAGGCCCCAGGUGCUCCAAGUUCGCCGUCGACAAGUGCGCUGGCCCAGCCAAAGACUUCUACAUCCGGGGAGCGCCCACAGCCUGUCCGACCUCCAUCCAGUCUGUCAACUGCCUCUCGCGGAAACCGACCCAGACUCGAGGCUCGCUCUGCCGAUACCAGCAGCUCUCAAACAUCCGAGCUCAUUGAUUUCAUCCGCGAGGGUCCUCCCAUGCCAGGUGCCCACCGCAUUCCUCGCACAGUGGCUCCCUUCCGGAAUACCAUUGACUCGGAUGACCUCCAGAUGGACAAUACCCCCGAGCACACUACCGUGGGCUCCAUUGCCAGCACCGGUAAUGCCUCUAACCCCAACAAGUCCAUGACCUCUCUCGGCUCUCGCACAGCGUUGCUAGACUCAAACCGAAACAACGCCCCCGCAUCUGGAAGUGCAACUGCAUUCGAGGACCCCGCUCCUCAACGCAAGCAACGUCGCGUUCGUGACCCGUAUGCCAUCGACGACGACGAUGAUGAUGAAUACCUGGAAGAGCUCCUAGAAUUGGAAAACAAGCCCAAGCCUAAGCGCGAAGAAGAAAGCCUCAUGGAUUUCCUGCGUAGCGCCCCUCCACCCCCAGAGUCCGAUAAACCCCCUGUACCAUUCACAGUGAACACUGCCGCUGCCAAUGCACGCAUGAGAUCCGGAAUGGUCCGCUCUUCCCAGAGCUCUUUGCGCUCCCAAGGAAGUGUCCCAGGAAAGGUUGUGAACAACUAUGCCACGAAGGUCGGCAUGGAGCGAAACAACGGUUCCAUCCCAUCUGCUUCAAACCGCAAGACCGAAACAGGUGACUUAGCCGACUUCCUUCGCAACACUGGACCUCCAGAGCCUGCCGCUCGAGCUGUUUCUUCUCCGACGACCUCCAAGAUGAGCAGCGGGGGCUUGUCUCGCUUUUUCACACGCCGAAAGAAGGUCGAGUCGUAG